AUGCUAGGUGAGCAAUUGAAUAGUGUUGAAUCUCGUAAUCUUUUGUCAGCUAUUGACAAGAUGCGCGAACUGUUACAUGAAGAGAAAGUGAAUCUACCCGAAAUUGUGGUUGUUGGUGAUCAAUCUGUGGGUAAAUCAUCCGUAUUGGAAGCUAUAUCUGGUAUUCAAUUACCUCGGGCCCAAAAUAUUUGCACUCGCUGUCCACUAGAAUUACGGAUGAAAACAGCUCAAGAUAAGGAAUAUGCAACAAUACGUAGUAGUGUUGGUUCUACGGAAGAAAAGAAGAUCAACGAUUUAACAAAGAUUGCUGAUGAAGUGACUCGAUUGACAUCAGAAAUCGCUGGUACAGGAUUUAAUGUGAGCCCACGCCCGAUCUAUUUAACAGUGUAUAAGCGAGAUAUUUUGUACGAUUUGACCCUAAUUGAUCUUCCGGGUAUUACACGGAAUGCAGUGCCUGGUCAAGCAGAAGAUAUUCAUCAACAAAUUUUGAAUUUAAUUAACGAAUACAUUCAACCACCUACUGCAAUCGUAUUACAUGUUAUUCCGGCUUCAGUCGAUUUUACCACAUCAGAAUCAAUGAAACUUGCCAAAGUAUUUGAUCCAUCGUGUCAGCGACAGCUCAUUGCGGCCUCCAAAAUUGACAAAUAUGAUAAGGGCAUUGCAGAAAAAUUGCAAGGUCGUGGAUCUGGUUCAAUGGAUCUACAAUUAGGUUGCGUCGCUGUUCUGAAUCGAAAUCAAGACGAAAUCGAUCAGAAUAUUUCAUUCAGUGAAAUGAAACAGCGUGAAAAGCAAUUUUUUAUCACUCAUAAAGAAGCGUUUCAACAUUUAUCUGAUGAAUUUAAAGGCAGUGAACAAUUGGUUCGACGUCUAGCGACUAUUCAACAAGAGCGUAUUCGCUCUACAUUCCCACAUAUCAUCAAACAAUUGAAAAAACAAUUAGCGGAGAAUAAAGCUCAACUGAAAAAAAUUCCACCUUCUGUGAAUACUGAAGCAGAAUGUUGGAAAAAUUUUCAAUCGAUGAUCAAUGCUUAUCGAGAAAGUAUCCAUGAUAAUGUGAAAGGCGAGUAUGAUCAGGUUGCAUCAAUGGAAGUGGCCGAAUUACCUAUCAUAAACACAGAUGUGGAUGCUACUUCUAACGAUAACAUCCAUUCGGAUGUACAAGACGAUGAAUGUGAAGAAGAAGAGUCGUUAGCUGAGGAAAACGACGAAGACCAUAUCGCUUAUCAUAUUUAUCAAUUACAACGUAAAUUUCAAAAAGAGUGUCGACGAAGUUUUACGAAUUUUUUCUCAAGUAAAUACCACAAAAUCGUACUUCGUGAAAUUGAUCGAGCAGCUGGUAUUUCUUUACCAAAUUUUCCCAGUUACCAAAUUAUUGUAGGACUCUUCCGAAAGGAAUUACAGAAAUUGCCUGAUUGCUGUCGUGAAUUGAUCCAGCAGAUGCAUCAGUACAUGUCUCAAUGUUUGCUACGAUUAUUCGAACAGGCUUUCAAAAACGAGUAUCCUCGUCUGAAAGAACGUUUAAAAGAAAUUAUCAUCAAAAGACUCAAUGAAGUACAAGAAGUCUUAUUGGAACGUGUUAAUGAAAUACUCGAUAUGGAAAAACGUGUAUUUACACUCAAUCAUUACUAUAUGGAUACUGUGAACAAGUUGAAAGAAAUGAACAAAAAGAAAAAUGAUGUUCAUGACGAAACAAAUGCUCUCUCAGCUUCUUUGAGUUCAAAAGGAGCCUCAACUGCGAUUGCUAAAAAUUCUGCUGACACAGUUGCUUAUGCAUCUAUGUCCAAUGAAGCUCAAGCUGCGCAAGAUAUUCAAAUUGCAUUACAUGCCUACUCAAAGUUGUUGGAUGAAUUAAGAAUAUCUUCUAUUGAAAAUUUAUCGAAUGAAUUAUUCCAUGAAAUAUUUGAUUAUCUUGAUGGUAUUGACAUAUAUCUAGCAUUUUCAAAUCUUAAUUAUCGUUUUCAACAACUUCUUACAUCUUCAUCUAUUCUAUAUAAAAUUAAACUCAUUCAUUUUAAUUCGAACGAAAUAUUUAUGUUUAUUAAUGAACAAAUUAAACAUCAAAUAUAUUCCAUUAAUUUUCAAAUACCAGUUCAUCUUAAUCAAUUAUUAACAUCGAUUAUUAUUGAUUCUUCAUUUAAUUGUCUUCAAUCACUUGUUAUUGAAGAUAUUCAACCAGAUAAACUUAUUCCAUUUCUUAUUAAUUUAAAUUCUUUACCACAACUUUUCUCAUUAGAUAUACAAACAGUGCAUGUCGUAGGAGAUCUAAAUAACAUUUAUCAAUUAAUUUUUACAUUACCAACAUUAAAAUAUAAUAAACUAUAUUUAUAUGGAAAUGAAUGUUCAAUUUCAAUUCCAAUGGCUGUUACUGGAAAACAAUUAAGUACUAUUGAAUAUCUUCAAAUUGGUCAUUAUUAUACUUUCGAUGAACUUUCUUCUUUAAUUUCUUAUACACCAAAACUUCGUCAUCUAACUCUUUCACAUAUAAAUCAAGAUGAUUCAGAUAUUGAAACUAUGUUACCAAUUAGUUUAGAAAAUUUAACAUCCAUUUCAAUGUAUACAAAUUAUAUUAACUUUGAUGAAUUUGAAAUAUUUAUUCAGAAUAUAUAUUCAAAAGUAAAAAAUUUAUACAUUACUUUUUCGUAUCAAGAUAUAACUUUUCUUGAUGCUUAUCGAUGGGAACAAUUAAUUUUACAAUAUUUACCUGAAUUGAAAAAAUUUUCUUUAAAAUAUUAUGAACAUAGACAUUCAAUAGAUUCUGAAGAACAAACUCAAUUCAAUUCAUCAUUUUGGAUUGAACGAAAAUUAAUAUUUAAUGUUGAAAUUCAUGAAUAUAAAAUUCUUUAUUUAGUUUGUCCAUAUAGAAAAAGAUGGUAUGAAUAUAAGAAUUCUACUGUUGAUUAUUUAAAAUCUACUCAAUUGACUAUCAAAUACGUUUUUUCUGGUGAACCUGCUGAUAAUUUAUUCAUGUAUAUUAAACGUAUUGUAAAUAUAGUACAAAUUUAUCAUUUGGAUAUUCAGCAACAAAUUUCUAUUGAUAGAUUAAUGCAAAUUAUACAUUUAUUACCAGAUCUUAUUACAUUAAAAAUUAAUUCUUUAACAUUUUAUCAAUCAUACUUCAAUAAAGAACUUCCUACAACAUGUUCAAUAGAACAUGCAAGUAAAAUUAAAAAAGUGUAUAUGGAGAAGACGGAAGCAAUUGAAGAAAUUUAUUUUUUUCUUAAUGUUUGUCUAUAUAUGGAAUUUCUUAAUGUCGAAUGUAUUCAUGGUAUGACUAUUGAAUUAUUUCUACGAGAUAUUUUAAACAAAAUCAAUAAAGAUCUUCGUUUAUUAUGUAUUUAUGUUUCAAAAGCAGAUGAUAAUAUGAUUAAAAGAUUAAAAGAAAUGAUUGAUAAUGAAAAAAUUUUAUCAAAUUACACAAUUCAUCAUGAACUUGGUAAUAUUUAUUUACAAUGGAUAUAA